CAAGACUCUCGUGUCGUGGCUGUGGGCAUAGCGAACCGUUUUUAUUUCAUAUGGAGAGAGGAGAGCCAGCAGAACGUGCAAACGAAAACGCAAACACAGGCACGGCUCGGCAGGGCAGGCAGACAGACUGAAAGCUGAAACCGUAAAAAAAACAGGGGCACAAGUGUUAUUACUCAGUAAUUGUAAAAAUGUCAGCGCACAAACAACAAUAGGCUAAUAGAAGCAGAUCUACGUGUCGCGGCGCAUUCGCUGAGAAACAAACACAACAAAUAAAACCGUAAAAGGAAAGGAGAAGUACUCUCUGGUUGUCUCUUUUGCACAUUCUCUGCCUCUCGUUUGCGUUCGAGAGGGACGGCAAUAGGCAGCGCAGUUGGCUUUUUGCUUUUGCUGCUGCGCAGUUAAGGAAUAAGCGGUAAAAGAAAACCAGUGUUCAGACUGUGCAGAGGAAAGGCAGGAACAGAAAUACAAUUUAUUGCAAUUGCAAUUGAAAUGGCAGCCAUGGCACCAGCAACAGUCAAUAACCACAAAGGGCCCAAAUCGCGUCGCAAUGAGCGCAAUAUUUUGACCUUUUACGAGAAGAUGGCCGUCAUACGCUACUACGAUGAGACAAACAUUUCGAGAAACAGUCUGGCCAAGAUGUUCCAUUGCUGUGCCACACAGAUACGUCGCAUACUGGAAAAGAAGCAGGAGCUGCUGCAGCAGUUGGCCACGCUUAGCGAGGCAGAUGCCUCCACCAUCAUUGAGGAGAUGACGCGUAAGCGUCGCAAGUUCGAGAUGAGCGCCAUCAGCUUUCUGCUCCACGAGUGGGUGAAGCGCUGCCGUCAGCUGCGUCUUGGCAUCAGCAUUCGCAACCAGAAGCUAAAGGAUACGUCCAUGAAGAUGGCAGCCGUGCUGAACUUGCCCAGCUUUCGUCCAUCCUAUCGCUGGCUGAACCGCUUCCGCGGCAAGUACAAGUACGACGAGGACGACCUGGGCUAUCAGGGAAGCGACAGUGUGACACAGGAGCUGCCUGUCGAGGAGAUCAUUGUGGAGUUCAAGCAUUCGCUGCCCAAUUUUAUGCAAAGGGAGCUGCAGGAGACCGAUGGGGAUACCAGCAAGGAAUUGGUAAACCUGUCAAGUGAGAACAGCCUGAUGUCCGACACUGGGCCAGAGCGUUUCGAUGAGGACGAUGUGGAACAGGUCACCUGUGAACCCAGUGUACUGCUCUCUCCGGCUACCUCGCCUGAGGCUAUGGAUCAGCCACAUCAGGUCGCACCAGAGGAGGAUCCCUCGAACAGUGCACAAAUUAACGCCGGCACCACAACUCUACUCAACGGCGUAUUCCCCCACUUGGCCAUCAUUCACCAAUUUGCUUUGAUGAACUCUGACAUACAGGCCCUGGAGCUGAUCUCACAGUUGGGCGUGCACAUGCAGCAGCAGGCCACAAGUGGUGCCUAUCGCACACUCUCGCUGGCCACAGGCACUGAAGGAGGCGCUGCUGAGGAGUUCAACUCCAUGCCGGAGCUACCGCCAGGCAGUAUCUACGCGGACAUUGAUGACAUAGAGUUGAUCGAAUAGGAAUCCAAAAACUAAUCUUAAAUCUACUUUAAAGCCAUGAUACAAAUAAAAGUAUU